UUGUCCGCUGAUCAAACUCGAAGGCAUCACUUUGUUUUUUGACUUCUGCUCGAUCGGAGGUAACAAGUGCAUAAUCCCUUUGGCAGUUUUCACUUUCCCGAGUUCAACAACAUCAACAUCUCUUUGUUACUCUCAACCUCAAAGAUGUCGUUCAACUUGGUGUCCCGCGCCACGGAAGGUGACUUCGAGACUCGCCGCACGCGAUUCAAUCUGUCGGAGGUGAACACCGUGGGUGAACUAGUCCAAAAGGCGGCCACUGUCACGCAAAUCCGGCCCGAAUCCAUUCAGCUCUUGUUCCGCGGGAUUCUCUUGAAAUCCCCCGAGCAAACUCUGGCUCAAAUUGGAUUACGGGCUAAUGCCACCAUCUACAUCCUGAAAGCGCCCGUGGUCUCAAGCGUGGAGCCCAUGGGACCCAAAGAUCUGAGCGAUGAGGAAAUGAAGCGCUUCUUCGUGGCCUUUGGUAUGGCCAUUCGCAAUCCAGCUUUAAAUGUGGCCCUUAAGCGACUCACCCAACGCGAGAAUCUCGAAAGCUUGGCCGGAGCUUGCCCCGGAUUGGCCCAGGAUCCCAUGGCUUUGGCCUUUCUCAACAAACCCGAGAUGCUCAUGAUGCUCUUGAAACCGGAAAUUCUGCAACGAGUGGCCCAAGAACACCCCAGCCUUCAUGAGGCCAUGGUUAACUUGGCAGCCGCAGUGCACGAGGAACGACCCUCCAAGUCGUCCCAAUUGGAUGGUGAGAGCUUGCCCACGCCCUUUUCGUAUCACUUGGACGACAUGUCUGACGUUGAUGACGACGAGGAUAUGGAGGAGGAUGGCUUUGGUUCGGAUCUGCAACGUAAUCGCUCGUUCUCGGCUAUCACGCCUAACCAAUUGGCUGCGGCUAUAGCGGCUGCUCAAAACUCGGCCGGAGCUUCCACCGGUAACACCACUGCCGGGGCACUCGGAGGAUUACUCCCCAACUCCUUAGGCGUGGAGAGCACGCCUGGGUCUUCGACCGGCUCGUCCAUGCCUUCGUCCUCGAGACCUACACCGUCGAGCCCGGCCAUAACAUCGGAUAGCUUUCGUCAAGCCCUAGAGCAAGCUAUGGCCGCAUCGGGGCAAGUGCUGUCUCAGAACCAGUCGUCCUCGUCGUUGAACGCCGCUUCGGAACCCAUGGAGGCGAGUGAUUACGGCCCCGAACAAAUUGAAAAAGACGUGGCCACCAUGCGAGAGUUAGGUAUCGUAGACGAAGGCUUGGCCCAGAAGGCCCUCAAACUAAUGGGCGGCGACCUUCAAGCGGCUAUUGAUCUCGUCUUCUCCGGAUGGUUGGGCGAGGACGACGCAGCCAGCUAACCAGUGUUGUUGCAUAAUGACAAAAGGCUUUUUAUGAUCAUAUAUUUGCUUCUCAAGGUAGUCAAAUAAAUCGACCCCACAUUGAAAUGGA